UCUCAGUUUCACCGGCCCCGAUCGCGAGAACAAAUUCUUAAGAGCUUCGUCGAACGCGCCGGAUUCCCAACUAUACCGAACUUAUCGAUAACAGUCGAGGAUUCGUGGCUUCUUUCCGAGAACUUUCAACGAGACGCCGGUUCUGGCUCGAGGGGUUGACGUAGUCGUCGCGUACACUGCUGUCGGAUCCGAAUUUAAAAUUCUACGUCUGUCGGGAGAUUUUCUCGCCGUACACAGAUUAGAUAAGGGAGAAAACACGUCGCAUCUGUUUCCCAGCUAUUUGCCAAACCUAUUUGCCAAACGCGUCGGCGUGUGCACGAUGCCUGUGCAAUUUUCUACGCCGAUGAAAAAUUUUCACCGCGCCCCGCGGUCGCAUUGAAACCUAACCGCGAGUCGUGAGAACGCCGAUUUCGUUCGCGGGCCGACACGAGCCGGGAUAGGACCUGUACCGAUUCGCGCGUGAAAUUUGCCGAUACACAACGAUGACGUACGGUAACGCGAUACUUCUGCUGACACAACUUUCCGUGCUGUUGCACGGCUGCAACGCGGAAACGAUCAUAACGGCGCACAAUGAUUUCGAAUUCGGUAACAUCGAUCCGGAGAUAGUAGACGAGAUAAAUUGGAGGGAGCAUCCCUGUAGGAGGGAUUGCAAAGACGGUGCACCGUCGAUGGAGUGCAAUUACGUCUUUAAAUUGGAGACUUACAACACGAUGAGCAAAGCGUGUUACGAUUGCCCGUUCAAUAUCACCGAUUGCUCUCGGAUGCACUGCAUCCCGGCGGACGGGAUCGGUAGGCCGAUUCUGGUGGUAAAUCGACAAAUGCCGGGGCCACCGAUCGAGGUGUGCCAAGGCGACAGGGUAAUAGUGGACGUAAUGAACUUGUUUCAUUCCGAGAGUACCACGAUGCAUUGGCACGGGCAACACCACGUUAAAACACCGUACAUGGAUGGUGUACCAUACGUGUCGCAAUGCCCGAUACUGCCCGGAUCGAGUUUUCGGUAUGAUUAUAUUGCUACAGAGGCAGGCACGCAUUUCUGGCAUUCGCAUCUAGGUUUCCAACGAGGCGACGGAGUGUUCGGACCGUUGAUAGUUCGCGUGCCUCCCGGCGCGAACUGGCAUAACAGUUUGUACGACGUGGACGAUCACACGAUACAGGUGUUAGAUUGGACCCACAGGUUGGGUAUCGAUGUGUUUUUGAAUCAUUACCACGCGGGCGGGAACAACAAGCCGCCUAACAUAUUGAUCAACGGUUUGGGCCGUUUCGCGGUUACCAGAGGCGGAAACAACGUUUCUGCCGCGACGCCGAUCGCUACAUUUGUCGUCAAGCCGAACACGAGGCACAGGUUCAGGCUUAUUAACGCCGAGUUUCUCAAUUGUCCGGUCGAGUUGUCGAUCGACAGUCACACUAUGCAGGUGAUCAGUUCGGACGGGCGCGAUAUCGAGCCGAUCGAAGCCGAGUCUCUGGUAAGCUAUGCCGGCGAGAGAUUCGAUUUCGUCGUUAACACGAAUCGUAGCGUUGGUAACUAUUGGAUGCGUUUUCGAGGAUUGAUGGAUUGCGACGAAAGGUUCACCAAAGCAUACCAAGUCGCUAUAUUGCGGUACGAAGGCGCGAUCAAAGAGAAUCCCGAAGGUGACGUCACCUACGAACGCGAGUCGAACGAUUCCCUGGGCCCGCAAAUAAACGCUCUGAACGAAGGUACCGAAACGAACAGGAGCGUCAGUAUACCUUUGUUGAAAGCUAUGGACGAAAACGACGAGUCCAACACGUUGGAACCCGAUUACCAAUUUUACGUGUCUUACGAUUUUUACAAGAAAGAUAAUCCACAUUUUCAUCGCAGUAAACUGUACGGGUUCAACCAAGUAAAAACUGCAAAGCGGGUUCUCACGCCGCAAUUAAAUCAUAUCUCUAUGAAGUUACCGUCUGUGGCUUUAUUGCCCCAAAGAGAUUCCAUCGAUACGAGUGGGUUUUGCAACGAGAGCACGGUUCAGGGCUGCGAGCAAGAUUACUGUGCGUGCACUCACGUGCUACAAGUGAAACUCAACAGCGUGGUGGAACUAAUUUUGGUAGACGAAGGCUUCGCUUACGACGCGAAUCACCCGUUCCAUCUCCACGGAUAUCAGUUCCGCGUGAUCGCCAUGGCCAGAGUCGGCGAGAACGUCACCGUCGAAGACGUAAAGAAAUUAGACAAAGAAGGAUCGAUACAGAGAAACCUGGACCAUGCUCCGCUGAAAGACACCGUAACCGUACCGGAUGGUGGUUACACCAUCGUACGAUUUCACGCUAAUAAUCCAGGUUAUUGGCUGUUUCACUGUCACAUUGAAUUUCACGCCGAAGUCGGGAUGUCGUUGAUCUUCAAAGUUGGCGAGCAUGAAGACAUGCUGCCGGUACCGCGUAAUUUCCCUAAUUGCGGUGAUUGGCAACCCGAGAACGCGCAGCCCAUAGAAAACGCUGUGACCGAUCCGUCGAACGGGCCGAAAAGACGCGCGAUGGACACCACGAACAUAACGACGAAUGAGAUUACCGACGACAGUAACCAACGAUUUGUCAAGUUGAUGAUCCAAGUUCUAAAAACAUUGCGAAUCUCGUCCUCGACGCACACAUCCGUCGUUUCGUACUUUCUGCUUUGUUUCGGUAUUUUCGUCACCGUCGCUUAUAGACCCGUGUAAGAAAUAAAUCGUUCGAUCAUCUGUAG